AUGAAGCAGCUGGCAGAUCUGCCACACUUGCCACUGUUGUGGUUGUGCCUGUUCCUUGGUCAUCAUCCCCUGCAAGUGAUAUUCCGCAAAGCCGGGCACUACUGGCCCUCUACAUUCGUGGCCCUUGCCUUCUUAAAGAAUGUACUCGCGUGCGAUUCAAUAGCCAUCUUCUUCACAUGCCCAAACGACUCUUGGUCAAACGUCGUAUUUGACGCGCUCAAUGUGGAGGCAGUAUUGCGCAAGGUCCUUGUGAUGGUGAUCUCCAACUCUAUCGGCUGGGUGCCGGUACUGCUUCUGUGGUUCGUGGCGCCGGACACAUCGCUAGCGAGCAAGGAUGGAUGCACGAAGUCCCCUUUGAGGUUUUGGGCCCAGUCGGCGCUGUUUUGGGGCGUGUGGCUCCUUUUGCUGACAUGCGGGCUGGCGUUCUUGGUCUUGUUCAUUUCCAACCUGAAUGCCAUAGAGCAGCAGAAGGAUCUUUGGGACUGGUUCGAGACAUUUGUAUGGGCCUUGAUGACAGUUUUUCUGUUCGCGCCCUUCUUCAUGGCCUGCUUACUCACCGCGGCCGCCAAGCUCGCGAUAUGGCUGAUGCCGGAGAAGAGUGAUCAGUACUUUGAUGCAGUUGUUCAUUAUUGGACGCAGACGCAGGAGGAUCGGGAGAAGGUGAAUGUGUCAAUGGUGUGGUCGAAGCUGCGAGGCCAUGACAUCCCAUUUCUUCUUGCCUAG